AGUUGGAAAGGGGGUUGGAGAUUGUGCUGGAGAGUUGCUCUGCUGUGUGGACAGCUGUACGAGGACUGGCUGUGGCACGCUUGUGAAUGACAGAGAAGGGGAGAAGCUGUAUGAGAUAAAAAUGUCACUACAGAGGUGCCAGGAAGAAUGGGAAGAAAUCGAGCGAGAAUUUCAGCAGCUGCAGGAAAUGCACAAAACCUAUAGACAGAAGCUUGAUGAACUCACCCAUCUCCAGACGAUCUGCAGCAGUUCCAUCGGCAAACAGAAGAAAAGCCUUCGUGAUCUGAAUUACAGUCUACACAGGUGUGCAAAGACCAGCAGCCCGAAAGAAAUAGAGCAGAUAAAAGAUAUUCAGUCACAAAUCAAAGAUAAGCAAAAUGUCUUCUUUGAUAUGGAAGCUUAUUUGCCAAAGAAGAAUGGGUUGUACUUAAAUUUGGUCCUCGGCAAUGUGAAUGUAACCCUUCUCAGCACCCAGGCAAAAUUUGCUUACAAAGAUGAAUAUGAGAAGUUCAAACUGUACAUGACUAUAAUCCUGAUGCUUGGAGCCAUAACAUGCUGGUUCCUGCUCAAUUACCGGGUCACAGAUGAAAUCUUCAACUUUUUACUCGUCUGGUACUACUGCACAUUGACGAUAAGGGAGAGCAUUCUCAUGAGCAAUGGAUCAAGAAUAAAAGGCUGGUGGGUUUCGCAUCACUACGUCUCAACAUUCUUGUCAGGUGUAAUGCUGACAUGGCCGGAGGGGGACAUGUAUCAGAUGUUCCGAAAUCAGUUCCUGGCCUUCUCUGUCUAUCAAAGUUUUGUACAGUUUCUCCAGUAUUACUACCAAAGUGGCUGCCUCUACAGGUUAAGAGCUUUAGGAGAAAGAAAUCAUCUUGACUUGACAGUGGAGGGAUUUCAGUCCUGGAUGUGGAGAGGACUGACCUUCCUCCUCCCCUUCCUCUUCUUUGGCCACUUCUGGCAGUUGUACAACGCAGUGACCCUUUUUGGGUUGUCCAGACAUGAGGACUGUAAGGAGUGGCAGGUGUUCAUGCUGGCCCUGACGUUUCUCGUCCUCUUCCUGGGGAACUUCCUCACGACGCUGAAAGUCGUCCACCAAAAGAUCCAGAAAAACAAAGGGGAAGUACAGAAGAAAGACUAAGAUAAAAAAAAAAAUCCUUGUUUUCCCAGAAGGCCAGUGGAGUAGCGGGCAGUGAAAUGGCACUGCAGAAGAGAGAGAGAGUGGCGUUUUUACCCGAGGAUUCCACAAAGUAAAGGAGAUCUCUCUCUCUCUCUCUCUCUUUACCCCCCUCUCUUGCUGUCUCUCUCUCUGGGAUCUUAAUGACGUUCCUGGACACCACACUAUUUGAUAAAGGUCAUGGCGAGUCUCUUUUGUUUCUGGUGGGUGAUCCAUGUAGUUCUGUAUCAAUUCACACACACUCAGAGAUCACGGGGAUCAUGUAACAGUUGAACCACUGAAAACCUUGGAGGUGUCAGUCUGCAAGCAUCUGAACUGUUUUUUUUUUUUUGUAUUUUUUUUUUCCCAACAGAUUUGGAUUUGUGUGUGUGAGUGCAUUGUGUAUGUAUGGGGAGGUCAGCUCUCUCUUAAACUUUAUGCAAUACAGAAGUAGAAUAAAGACAUUCAGAAAUGCAAUGUAAGAGUUAUAUAGAGUGUAGAUAGAAAUAGAGUGUAGAUCUGCUAUCACUAUGUUGCCCUUUGAUCAAAGUGCAUGCAUCACAUUGCAGACAUGUUCGCCUGCUCACCAGUGUCUAAUUGUAAAUUCUCUAUUCCAUGACCUUCUGUUGUCUUGUGAGAUUUCAUACUGAUUCUGGGAGAACAAAUAUUCAGGAACCUCUAUUGUUUAAACAACAAUGUGCUUUUUUUACGAGUAGAAAAAAAAUCACUACACUAUGAGAGAGUAGUUCUGAGCAGAUAACCAGUGUUGGUUUUCAGUUCCCACUUGCUGUAAACUUGUGCAGUAAUUCAGCUGCUAAUCCUGCUGAGAUCUCUGGAUUAAUGUGAUCUAAUGUACAUAGUUCUGCAGACAAUGUGCCAAAGCCAUAGAUACAUGUUGCCCAUCAAUCUUAAACCCAAACCGGAUAGCAGUACAACUCAGCUUACUUUGACAAAAGUAUCCAUUUUGUAUUAAUUGUAGUGGUUAUCCAUAUCAAAGGUCCAAAUAACAGUAGCUCAUAGUGGCAGGCUUUGACAGUUGCCUUAUCAUUUUCAGUGUUUUUUAAAACUUUUUUUGUUCUCUUUUUUUUUUUGGUUUUGGGGAAAAAAAAUGUCCUGUUUACAGACACCUGCUGCAUUAUCAGUCUCUGUUGAAUGUGUACUGGUCUGUUGACUUAGUCCUUGUUGCAUACACUCUGCUUCAGUUACUACAAGCCAUCCAUGAUGGAUGGAAAACCAUUUAAUUUUUCUGCAAUAACCGCUGUUUCAUUUAGAAAGCAACAAGAAAACAUUUGAUCCAUAUUUCUUGAACAAAGAAAUGGUUACACUUGUGACAUGGCCGCCACAACGCACAACAAAGAUUCUCGUUUUUUUUUUUUUUUUUUUUAAAACCCCUUCCCCUUGCAAAUGUGUGAUAAUGCUGUGUCCAUUGUAUUGUGUUCACUUCUGUUAGAGUCAUGUAGCAUGGGCUCUUUUCUGUGUCAAAACCUUGGCUUACCCUGUGGAAUGGCAGUGGCCCAUGCAUGAACAUAAACUUCUCAGCUGAAGUAGAGCAGGGAUGAAAUUUUAUUCAGUGACAAAAGCAUUUCUCUGUCGCAUUUACACUCAGUCAGUGUAC